AAAUUUGAACAACGCCUCUGAGGUCUGAAGGCAGUUUCCCAGUUUUAUAGUAUUAAAGCAAAAAACAAACAUCAAAAGCACCCAUGUGGGUGUUUCCCGUAUGAAUCAAUAUCAAAAAAAUUUAUAACCAUUUUCUUAUCAAAUCUUAGUUAGCCCCUUCUCUUUCCGUGUCCUUUUCUAUAUUCUUUCUUCUUCACACAUAUACAUAUAAAGUCCCCCUUUCCUUCAACAACUCAAAUUCCAACGUUGAACACAAAUAUCUCCCAACAAUGGAAGCAACAAUGGCGAUCAAGAAAUCUCUGGUCAUAUGGACAUUCAUUCUUACGGGAUUAGCCACCUUCUUCGAAGUCGUUCCGGUUCUUGCAGACCAGUCUCCGGUUGGUCAUUUUUCUAUGGGCCCUCACCGCGAAAACAUGCGCAAAAUGCAAGCCUUCAAAGCCUCCCUCAUUCGCCAUGACUCGGUUUCUCUCGCACCCUCUCCUAGCUCGGCACCUCAGCCACCCGAGGGUACUGGCAGCGCACGUGUGUACCACGUAACAUCUUACGGCGGUGAUCCGACGGGGAAAACGGACAGCACGGUGGAGCUUCUUCGGGCCUUAUCUGCUGCAUUGCAAGGGCCGAGUGAAGGGUCCUUGAUGGAGGGAAUCACUAAUCUUGGUGGUGUUCAGGUUGAUCUCGACGGUGGUAAUUAUUUGAUCAGCCAACCCCUGCAUUUGCCAGCCGCCGGCGUAGGAAACCUUCUGAUUCAUGGAGGAACACUACGAGCUUCGGAUGAUUUUCCCAUGGACGGAUACAUGAUCGAUUUAUCCGGUUCUUCAUUGGCUAACAAGGACCAAGAAAACAAUGGGACAUCAAUGGAGGGAGCACAACUUUCUUCUUCAUCAUCCUACAACUAUGAAUACAUAACCCUCAAAAACCUCCUUUUGGAUUCCAACUACCGGGGUGGGGGCAUUUUAGUAGUCAAUUCAUUGAGGACAAGCAUAGACAACUGCUAUAUUGCCCAUUUCACUACAACCGGAAUCGAAGUCCGGUCUGGUCAUGAGACCUACAUCCGAAACUCCUUUCUCGGCCAACAUAUCACUGCCGGAGGUGAUCCAGGUGAGAGAAACUUCUCCGGCACGGCGAUUAACCUAAUGGGUAACGACAACGCUCUCACAGAUGUGAUCAUAUUUUCUGCUGCCAUAGGGGUAAUGAUAUCAGGCCAAGCUAAUACACUUUCUGGGGUUCAUUGUUACAAUAAGGCCACAGGGUUUGGGGGAACAGGGAUUUAUUUGAAAUUGCCCGGUUUGACCCAAACCCGGAUUAUAAAUUCUUACUUGGACUAUACUGGGAUUGUUGCUGAAGACCCUGUCCAGCUCCUAAUCUCCAAUAGUUUCUUCCUUGGUGAUGCCUAUAUAGUCCUAAAGUCUAUUAAUGGAGUGGUCAAUGGCGUCAACAUUGUUGACAAUAUGUUUAGUGGUUCUGGAAAAGGUUUGGGCAUUGUUCAAUUGGAUCAAUCAAAUGGGCCUUUCAAGAAUAUUGACCAAGUGGUUGUGGAUAGAAACAAUGUAAGGGGAAUGGGCAUUAAGGCCACCGUUGCUAAAGGGGCUGUUCAAGGCAAUGGGAGUUCAUGGACUGUGGAUUUUAAUCGGGUUCUUUUGUUUCCUAAUCUCAUUAGGCACGUCCAAUACUCCUUAGUGAGUAGUAUCAAUGGGGCAUUCCCUAACCAUGUUCUUCGGAAUGUCUCUGAAAAUCGAGUCGUGGUCGAGGCCGAUGUGUCUGUUCCAGCCCACGUGUUUGUCACAGUGGAUCAAGGCGUGACAGAUUGAAAGUCAAAUUAAUUUUUGAGUCAAGUAGUAUUUAAUGGAUAAUUGCGAAUAGGAUGGAGGAUUACAGGGUAAUCACACUUACGGAUCAUUGAUUUUUAGUUAGAGAUUGGACAAGUUUCAAGCUUUGUUCAUUGACAAGUUGAAAGCACAGAACGUGUUGUAUUGAUCUUGGAAAGUAUAAUUGUUAAAAUAUAUACAUGAUGGUUAAGCCAUUUCUUUGUUGA